AUGUCCGACUCGGCCGGUCUGGAAGAACCACGUCUCAGAAGUCCAUCUCCCGGUAGAGGUGGAAGAUUUGAUGAUGGUGGCCGACGCUCCCCUCCUCCACCCGGAGACAGGUGGAAUGGUGGAAAUGGUCCACCUGGAUCAAAUUCACGUGGAAGAUCUGUUGAAUUUGGUAGGAAACGACGGAGGGAUGAGUCUCCCCCCAGUCGGGAUCGGUAUAUCCCCAAUUACGAACGUGAGCCAUACAGAGAACGAGACAGACGAGAUUAUCCUUACCCUAUCCUUGACCAUGGUGGGUCAUUACCACGUCCAUCCACCUUACCUAUCGUCAGAACCUCAGCACUCUGGUGCUGUCAAUUUCUAAGUCAUCUCUUCAAUCACCUUCUUCUGCCAACAGAUCGUCCAGUUCGCCAUGGCCCAAACCCCGAAGUCUUCGAUGACCCCUAUCGGCGUAGUGGAAAUGCUUAUCGUGACGACAUGUUUACGUAUUCGCCCGAUCGCGGUCUAUCAGGUCGUGGGGGACCCAAUCACUCUCGUUCCCAUCUAACACCACCUUCCGAGGUCCCCCACCUUGUCUCGUUUCGGUAUUUUGCUGAUUUCAUGCGCUCAACCUCCCCACACAUUGCCGAAGACAAAGAGAAACUUGCCGAGCAAUGGAAACGGUACCGUCAAGAUCAUACACGAAAACAACUUGUUGCCUUCUUUGAGGAAAAUAAAUCGAAAGCUUGGUUCCGUGAGAAGUAUCAACCUGGUCCCGAGUUUGAAGAACUUCGACAGCGAUUGAAGAAAAAGGGAAGAGAGGGCAAGAUUGAGAGUUUUAUUUCACGGCUAGAGAAAGGCGAUUUGGAUAUCCUUAACUACGAUUACGCCUCCGCUCCCACUUCAAUCAAGAGGCUGGUGGUCCCUAAAUCAUUGACAGAUCAGCUGGAAGACCGUGGUACUUCCGGCCUCAAGACUGACCCUGGUCCUGCCGCACCGUCAACUCAAGCUCCGACCACAAGUCAAGACGGCGAAAUAAAAGAAUCUACACUCCCACCAAAGCCAGACUCCGAGGUCACUACAGUUUCGGAGGUUGGCAAAGUCAAGACCGAAUCCGAUGCAGAUGUGAAAAAUGAGAUCACUUCGACCAACCCAGAUGCGGAGGGAGAAGAUUACGAAGAGCCGGAUGAUGAGUUCAGUGCAAGCAUGGCCGAAGCAUUGAAUGGUCCGAAUACAGGACUAGCGCCGUCCAGUGCGUUAGGAAGCCUUAUUGGUGAAAGCAUGAGAGGCAAAAUGGGCUCUGAUGAUAUCGUCAUCUUACCCCCUGCGGAUAAUCAGCUUUUCAUCAAAAGCAUCAGCCCCGAUAUCUCUCGUACAGAACUGGAAAACCAUUGCAAACAAGUGGAAGGGUUUGAUUACCUUGCCCUGUCAGAUCCCCACACCGGGAAGAAACUACAUCGGGUCGGGUGGGUGUCUUUUGUACCUGGUACUGACAUGAAAGCGGCUGAAAGCGCACUUGGAGAAUCAAAAAUCAAUAAUUUUACUCUACAUCUCAUGAGAACCGAACGUCCGGCGUUCCAGAAGCUACGUCUCUGUCCGGGAAUCAUGAACACACAUGAACGCAUUAUCAAGGAUUUGGGGCAGAUUCGCAAGCUUGCCGCUUGUUUUGAAGCUGAAUAUUUCGGAACUGGUUCGAAUCAGGAGAAAUGUGGUAGCACGGCCAUCGAAGCCAAAAUCAGCAAGAUGAAAGAUGAAACGGGGCAGAACCUCGAGUCAACAUCCAAGCAACCACCGGCAGAUACAGGCGGUGGUACCCCUACGCCCCAAGAUCCUGGACUUAAUCCUCAGGAUUCGGAUCUCAAGCCGGAUCUACCUGAAGAGAAGAACGUGAUGCUCGACAAAAAGGCACUGGAUUUUUACAUAUACUAUCUCCGAACUGUAUUCAACUGUUGCUAUUAUUGUGUAUGCAUCUGUGAUUUCCAAGAAGAACUUUGUCGGAGAUGUCCCAAGCAUGUUCGGAAAGCUCCUUCCCGCCACCUUGAUGAUCACUCGACCACCGCCACCCCGCAAAGUCACAGAAGGAAUGCCAAUUCUCAAAAUUCGACCCAUCUCAAGUCCAACGAGAGCAAUUGGGCACGUACCCUAGACGACCGGGUUGCACUGAUCCUGACUCCAUCUGAAGUCGACCCUCGAGAGUUUGGCGGAGAAAGGAUUGAUGAUGAAAUACAUCGAUUGUGCCAGCCUCAGAUAACCGACGAGGGUGCCGGGAAGUUCCGGUGUAAGAGCUGUAGCAAACUUUUCAAAGCAAUGAACUUUAUUGAGAAGCACAUCAUGUCUAAACAUGGUGAGGUGAUCAAUCAGGACUCCAUCGAAAGGAUCAAAUACCUUAACAAUUACAUCUUAGACCCCUCCCAUACCACUCCUCAGCCCCCACCACCGCCAGAAUAUGGACACUCCCGAACACACAAUGGGAUAUCAGCAGGCCCGCCGGCCUCUCAUGGUAUGAUGCCGAGUAUGGGACAUGGCCACCCUGCCGAUUUCCACAACGGAGGCUACCCCCCGAUGAUGAAUAGCACGAUGUCGGGGCCAGGUGGGAUGAUGAUGGGUGGGCCGUAUGGGAAUUACAUGCCCCCAAUGUAUCCGUCCUAUGGACCUGGCCACUCCUACCCUCCUCCGAUGAGUGGUCCUCCACCGAUGUUUCCCAACGGCCCGAUGAUGAGCGGACAUGGGAACGGCGGAGGCCCUUCGUACGGCGGGCCGUAUUACAUGGGUAAUAUGGGCCCAGGCGCGCCCUAUCCACCGGCCUACCAGCCCCACCACCAAGUGUACUCAUCUCUACCUGCAAUCCCUCCCCCGGCCCGUCCUCCCAAUGGAAAUGCACGUCGUCUCGGCGAUCGAAUUUCCAGACACUUCGCCGAUGAUCUUGGAUUACCUGCUCCCCCUCAUCAUCAUGAUCAUAAACGAUCCCGAAGAGACGAUUUCACUCGGCCGACGAAUGGGUCCUUCGCCGGAUCAACCACCUCCAAUGGCCCACUUCCCCCUCUCGUUGCGUCUGAUCCUCGAUCUAAAACUGUUCUCGCAUAUAACGACCUUGAUACUCCUGCUGGGGAUGAGGUGGUCUUGAAUUAUUGAAUGUUUUUUCAGUUCACUUCAUUUCAUUUCAAUUUUUUUUUUUAAUGUUGAUUGAUUAAUUGAUUGUGUUACAUAGUUUUAUUUUGUGCCUUGUUUUUUUUUUUUCUGUCACUGAUUGUCAAUUCAACUUUUUUUUCACAAAAAAAGAACCCUAGUCCUAUAUUCAUCAUUUUUUUACAUACAUAUGUCUGUGUCAUGUCUCUCUUUGUGUUAAAAUACUACUUCUACAGACCAUGAUAUCUAUAUCUAUGUGUAUAUACAUACAUAUAGCUAUACAUAUAUAUAUACCUUUCUCACCACCAACCCCCCCCCCCUUCUCCAUUUUUCUUUCCUUUUUUUUUUUCUGUGUAUGCUCUCUGACUCUGUUUGUUAAUCUUUCUUUUACUGAUCCUGGCAAUGUCUCCUCUUUUUUCAUAAGCAAGUUCAUAG